AUGUUUCGCAUACUUAGAAAGUGCAAUCACCUUGAAACGCACCGAAUUAUGCUUGUACACACCGAUUUCGACGAUACAGUGAUGCAUAAUCGAGAAGAGCCCGGGUCGACAGUGGAGAUCUGUAACGCACACUUGCUAGCAGUUCUCGAGGGUUCGUGCUUAAAACGGUUAUUCAAAGUGGGAAUCGAGCAGGCUUGGCUUGUUCCAAUCUCUAUGAUAAGGAUCUUACAUGGUGUUGGGGUGCGGCAUAAACGGCGAGUUUCAGGGAUGAGAAAGAAGGCCUCGCGUGUGCCUCGAUUAGGCUUUUUUAGUCCAGAGUCAUGUCGUCUGUGA